UAGACGUGACUGCAAGUGCGUGUUUGAAUUUUGAUUGCACGUUGCGACUCUCAUCAAUGUUGGUCCCGGUUGUGAGAACUAAUUUUGUAUUUGCACUAAGAAGACUAAUUAUUUUCUCAAAGUCACGCUCCAGACCAUUAGGUGGCAGAAAAACAGCCGUAAAAGGAAAGGAAGAGAUAAGUCACAUGACUGACAUGGAAGCGCUGAGCAUUCAUGUAUAAAUCUGUUUGAAAGACUUUAAUCUUCGUUUAAGAUAGCAGGGAGAGUACACGAGCUUUCUUGAGGAGGAGCAGUGAGUAAGAAAUGGCGUCUUCUGCUUAUGUGAAAAUGAGUGAUACAGUGAGUUUGUUUGGAGGCAGAGUUCCUGCUGAAGUAGAGCUGCUGUCUAAACACUUGAAGGAUCUGGACAGAGACACAUUCACACAGUUACUCACAGCUGUGGUGAAUGCUGUUGCUGGUCAGGAAUGCAGUGAUUCUAUGAGAGUGAUUUCAGAGAGUGGUUUAAUCUCAGAGGAAAAUUUUAACCAUGUGGUUGCUGGACUGUAUGCUCUUCUGAAAGAAGCUCUGCGUCUGUCUGCAUCUUCUUUAAAACAAGAGGUUUUCAGCGAAGAUCUCAGAGCGCUUCGGAUUUCUGAGGAAUUCAUUGCAGAUGUGUCCAGUGUAGUUUUUGGAAAUGGGCAAACCUCACUGAAAGCAAGUGCCACACAGGGACCAAGCCUACCAAAGAUAGAUGAGUUCAAAUGGAGAGUUGAUGUAGCCAUUUCAACCAGUUCGCUGUCUCGAGCUCUGCAGCCUUCUAUUCUCAUGCAGAUGAAACUGUCUGAUGGACGUUUACAUCGAUUUGAGGUUCCAGUUGCCAAGUUCCAGGAGCUUCGAUACAACGUGUCUCUCAUUUUAAAGGAAAUGAAUGAUUUGGAGAAGAGAAGUAUUCUUAAAAUUAAAGACUGAUACACAAUCUUGUGCCCUGUGCAUUGUAUUAUUUAGGCUGUCAAUCAAUUAAAAUGUU